AUGAUGAGCAAAGCAGCAGGCAGCUCCGGCGAUAAGAGUGGCACCGGAGGAUAUUCCGAUCGUGACUGGCCAAAGAACUUUCCACCGAUCCCGAGGAACCGUUUCCAGAAAACGGGAAGCCAGGCGCCGUACGAGACGAUAGACACGAAGGACGCUUGCGUGAUGAGGGUGGACAUGCCAGGCUGUCCCAUGUCGGAGCUCGUCUACUAUGUCGAAGGAAACAACGUCCAUUUCUUCGCCGACGAACCUUCCUCCGACGAAAACAACCACGAGGGUCGCAAGUACGGAGGAACGGCGAUUUUCGAUCCGAGGGGAUACAACGUGAAGGAGACAAAGGCGAAGCUCCGCAAUGGCGUGCUCUGGAUCACCAUCCCUAAGAAGAUUCCCGGCAAGAACGCCAAGGUCAGUGUCACAGAGCUGAUGUUUAAUGCGAAGAUCACUAGAGAAGACGUUGUUUGA